AUGAUUUUUGUAAGACAAGAAAAUGAGAAUGAUUAUGACCGAGUUGGAGAAAUAAUUGCAGCCGCAUUCAGGCAACAAGAUGAAACAAAAUUGGUCAAUAAACUUCGCGAAAACAAGAGCGCAUGGAUCACGGAGCUUUCCCUCGUUGCUACAAGAAAUGAGGCUGAUGUCGCCAUAGGCUAUAUCCUGUUCACUACAAGCAGAAUUGGUGAUCACUCAAGCCUAGUGUUGGCUCCACUUGCUGUUGAUCCAAUGCAUCAAGCAUCUGGCGUUGUCAAUGUACUUGGCCACAAGGACUACUAUACAGCAUUUGGAUUUGAACCUGCUUGGAAAUACAAUAUCACUAGUCCUUUUGAUUUGACUGAUCCUGAUGUGCUUCAAAUCAAGGCAUUGUCAAAGAAUGGCCUUGAGGGCGUAUCUGGUAAAAUCGUAUAUGCUAGAGGGUUUGUAGAAUAG